AUGGCAAUUUUCCAUAGAACGCGCAGGUUGCACACUUUGUGGUUUCCUGUUUCAGCCACAAACCUCCGCUCUGCCAGUCAGAAUUUCGACAAUAACGGGAAGCCCUUCAGGCCGACCUUGAAGCCCACGCCAAACUUUAAUGUGGCUGCCGAUGUCGAGGCUCUUUGCAAGUCGAUGCGUUGUUGGGGUACUGAUGAAGAUACAAUCAUCAACAUUUUGGGCAAUAGAACAAGUUGUGAACGUCAGCAAAUAGUGGCUGAAUAUAAGAACAAGUACGGUAGGGAACUAGCCCAUGAUCUAGACGGCGAUCUGAGUGGCCACUUCAGGGACUGUGCGAUCCUUUUAACCGAGUCUCCAAUGUACCUCAUGGCGAAGUCCCUCUACUAUGCCAUGAAGGGAUUUGGCACAAACGAGAACACCAUCACCGAAAUCAUCGUUGGUUGCACCAACGAGGAGAUCAAUCAGCUUAAGAAAGCCUACACUUAUGUUCUGCGUGACAAAGGAAUUAAAGAUCCAAAGCGCACAUUGGAGAACGACAUUCGCUCGGAGACCUCGGGCUACUUCUGCAAGAUGCUGUUGACGAUUCUAAAGGGUGACACUCCCGACCCCACGCCGGAACAGCUUCAGGCUUUGCAGCAAAAAGGCGGUGAUGUCAUGGUCAACCCAAAUGAAAUCACUAAGGCUGUUCAACAAAUCGAGAAAGCGCUCGAAAAACCAAAGAAUUCGGCUUGUCCUCUCCUCAUGGAUGCAUUCAAGCAGAAGAACAUUUGGCAAAUUUCAGCUAUUGAAAAGGAAUACAAAAAGGUAACUGGGAAGCAGCUUAUCCAAGUCCUCGGCGACUCUUUGGACGGCGAAUUUGGCACCCUGCUUAUCGCCAUGGUUGAGCAUGCGGUAAACAGACCAAAAUUCUAUGCUGAUCUUCUUUAUCACUCCAUGGUCGGUGCUGGAACCCACGACUUCCUUUUAAUGAGAAUCAUAAUUCUGCGUUCUGAGAUUGAUUUACUCGAUAUCAAGGAAACGUUUGACAAGGAACACAAGAGUUUGGUUGAAUGGAUCAAGGGUGACACAUCGGGUGACUAUGAGAAGCUGCUGCUUACGCUGCUAAACGCAUCCAAAAAGUAG